AUGAUCAAUCUUUUCUACUACGCCCGCUUUCUCACGUGGGGCACGGCCUUCUUGGCCAUCUUUUUCAUUGUUUUCAACGUCGCGCCUUGGUUGCCUUAUGAAGACGGCGCUGUGGAUAUGGAAGGCUGGGGAAUUACAAUGUUCCACGCCAUUCAUUGCUUGCAGAUGAUCAGAGAAAUCUUCAAGACUGCAGCACUUCACGAACAAAAAGAUGCAUUCGUUGAGCGGCGCCGGGAAGAUCACUCGGAUCACGGCGACAGCCAUCAUCACGGCGGUAGUGACACCAAGCAUGCGACUCACUGUCUUUCCUAUUUGUACCAGAUGGUGCUCAAAUCAGAGAAGGAGCCUCUAAAUUCUGUGCCAUGGAAGAUGGGCGACACGGUUCAUGACGUUUUCAGCGCAUCAGGAAUACAAGAUGAUGCGCAGGUGAUUGGGUAUCCAGUCAGACGAGAAAUCGACCACUUUGCUCAAUCAGGGCCACCGUUCGACCUCUUUAUUCUAGCUCUACAAGCCUUGCAGGCUCGAGAGCAGAAUGACCCUCUGUCAUAUUUUCAGAUCGCUGGCAUUCAUGGGUAUCCAGUUAUGCCUUGGAACGGGGUGGAAGGCAAUGGGACCUAUCCCGGCUAUUGCACUCAUGAGUCCGUGACAUUUCCAACCUGGCACCGCGUGUACAUGGCUCUUUUCGAGCAAGUGAUUCAGGACACCGCCUAUGAGAUAGCGAAAAAGUAUCCUUCUGAAGACAGGCAUUCAUACGAAGACGCGGCAAAGAAUUUGAGAAUUCCAUACUGGGAUUGGAUCGAGCAUCCUCGGUUGCCCUUGGUAGCCACAACACCUGAAAUACGUGUCCGGUCACCAAAAGGAUGGCAGUAUACUCAGAAUCCUCUUUACAAUUACACAUUUCAUCCUGGACCGGAGGGGAACAGUCUCCCCGAUGAUUCCCCAAUUGGAAAGCUGCCGUGGACAGUACGAUGGUUCGACAAAGAAUCGCAAACGAGUAACCACACAUUAGCGAACGAAGCCCUUGGGGCAAGAGCACCACUCGUUCUUGCCACAACUUUCAGCGUGUUCAAUUACGUCUCGCACUACAACGAUUUCGCAUGCAUCAGACCGCAUACUUCGAACCCGUACCAGAACAUAGAAUUGCUGCAUAACACUAUCCAUAAUGCUGUUGGAGGUAACCUGAGCCAUAUCAAACAGACUGAACUGUCGGCCUUUGACCCGCUGUUCUACCUACAUCACGUAAAUCUCGAUCGUCUCUUCGCGUUAUGGCAAGUUCUUCACCCAGACAGCCGCUUUGAGCCCGAAGAGAACAUUUACGGGUCAUAUGUUACCCAGAUAGGAUCAGUCGAUACAUUAGAUACAGGCAAGUUUGCCCUUCAGAAACCAGUAUCGACGCUUUUUCUGACAGCUCAGGACUAG